GGAGAAGAACGGUAUCGAGCCAGACAGCUGGCUCGUUCAUAUUCCGUACACUGAGGUCUUGCUCCUCUUUUACACUGACAGUCGUGUCUGAAUUGAACGACGGGAAACUUGUUAUAAUACGGUGAUAAGUGAAAGUUUGCGUGACUAACUCUUUCAGUAUCAGAAAACUUUGAGGCAAAUUAUAAAGGAUGCGAUAACCAGACGUUUUUUUAGUUGUGAGGCCGGUGAUCCUGUGACGCCGCAGCAACAGAAAACAACACUUAAGCUGGCUAAGUUGUAAGGAGACCCCUAAAAAAUGACAAAGAGAUUUGAGUUCAACUGGCAAAUCGAGGUUCCAGAGUCUCUGCGAAAUGGGUGCAUUUUCGAUAGAUGGACAGAGGAAAAGGAUAAUUCGGAAAUCGAAUUGAACUGUAUGUUUAAGGUUGAUGAAUAUGGGUUUUUCAUUUACUGGCAAAGCGAAGGAAAAGAUGGGGAUGUUCUUGAAUUAUGUCAAGUAAGCGAUAUACGAGCUGGAGGCGUACCCAAGGAACCAAAAUUGUUUGACAAACUUUCUGGAAAACAUGGAGAGCAACUGGAAGAGAGAAGUCUAACUAUUUGUUCUGGAGUGGACUACACCAACAUAAAUUAUCAACAUGUUGUCUGCCCUGAUGCUGCUACUGCAAAAAUGUGGUUGGAUGGCAUUCGAUCGAUUACACAUAACGUCAAAGCCAACAAUGUCUGCCCACUGACGUGCCUAAAAAAACACUGGAUGAGACUCCGAAUGCAAGUGGAUCCCAAUGGUAAAGUUCCUGUAAAGGUAGUGGCAAGAACUUUUGCUUCUGGAAAAACAGAGAAACUUGUCUAUCAGUGCCUUUCUGACUUGGGCCUACCUAGUGGGAAGAAUGACGUCAUCGAACCGGACGAUUUUACCUUCGACACAUUUUACGCACUUUAUCACAAAAUUUGUCCACGAAAUGAUAUUGAAGAAUUAUUUCAAUCCAUAACCCAAGGAAAAGCAGAUACUAUAAAUUUAGAUCAGUUAAUUACAUUCUUAAAUGAAAAACAACGUGAUCCAACGUUAAACGAGAUCCUUUAUCCACUGUACGAUGAAAAAAGAGCACUGGAAAUUAUCAAUGACUAUGAGCCAAACGAGUCUAUGAGAAAUCAAAAAACGAUGACAAAAGAUGGCUUCAUUCGGUACUUAAUUUCCGAUGAGAAUGCACCUGUUUUUUUGGACAGGCUGGAUGUCUACAUGGACAUGGACCAAUCGUUGGCACAUUAUUACAUAAAUUCCAGUCACAAUACAUACCUGAGUGGAAGACAGUUUGGCGGCAAAAGCAGUGUUGAAAUGUACAGACAAGUUCUACUAGCAGGUUGCAGAUGUGUGGAAUUGGAUUGCUGGGAUGGAAAAGGAGAAGACGAAGAGCCAAUAAUAACACAUGGUAAAGCUAUGUGCACAGACAUUCUUUUUAAGGAAGUGAUAUAUGCAGUUAGAGACACUGCCUUUGUUACUUCUGAAUAUCCAGUCAUUCUUAGUUUUGAGAAUCAUUGUGGAAAAGGACAACAAUACAAAUUGGCCAAAUAUUGCGAUGAAAUAUUAGGAGAUCUUUUACUGAAGGAACCACUUAAAGAUUAUCCUCUCGAACCAGGAGCUCCUCUGCCACCACCAAGUAUGUUAAAACGAAAAAUUCUUAUUAAAAAUAAACGAUUAAAGCUAGAAGUGGAAAAACAAGAAUUGGAGCUUUUUAAACAAGGACAAUUUGUUAUUGAGGAUGAAAUUAAAGAAGAUGCUAGUGCUCUACCAUUAGUUGCAGGUGUCGUUGAACAACCGGAGGAAGUAGUGGAUGUAAUAAACGUUGGACAAUCACAACAACCAAUUCAACCUGGUCCAGGUGGUUUAGGAGAAAGUUUAGAAUUGGCUGUGCAACAACCUUAUACCGGCAGUACUACUAAUGUUCAUCCUUGGUUAUCAUCAAUGGUAAACUAUGCACAGCCCAUCAAGUUUCAAGGGUUUGAUGUUGCAGAAGAAAAGAAUAUUCAUUAUAACAUGUCUUCAUUUGCGGAGACUACCGGAUUGAAUUAUUUAAAAACAUCAGCAAUAGAGUUUGUUAAUUACAAUAAGCGUCAGAUGAGUCGUAUUUAUCCAAAAGGAACUCGAGCUGAUUCUUCCAAUUAUAUGCCACAAGUAUUCUGGAACGCUGGAUGUCAAAUGGUUUCCCUUAACUUUCAAACGGCUGAUCUUCCAAUGCAGUUAAAUCAGGGAAAAUUUGAAUACAAUGGGUCAUCCGGAUAUUUGCUAAAACCUGAUUUUAUGAGAAGGGCUGAUCGGAGUUUUGAUCCGUUUGCUGAAAGUCCAGUGGAUGGGGUUAUUGCCACUCAGUGCAGUGUUCAAGUGAUAGCUGGUCAGUUUCUCUCCGAUAAGAAGGUAAAUACAUAUGUGGAGGUUGAGAUGUAUGGUCUGCCAACUGACACGAUACGGAAAGAAUUUCGUACCAGAGUAGUGCCAGCAAAUGGGCUAAAUCCCGUGUACAAUGAGGAACCAUUUCUAUUUCGAAAAGUAGUUCUUCCAGAUUUGGCAGCUUUACGAUUUGCUGUUUACGACGAGUCAAAUGGAAAACUUCUUGGUCAACGAAUCGUCCCCUUGGACGGCCUUCAAGCUGGUUAUCGACAUAUUGCACUUCGAACUGAAGCUAAUUUUCCAAUGUCCCUGCCAAUGCUUUUUUGCAAUAUUGAAAUCAAAAUAUAUGUUCCUGAUGGUUUUCAAGAAUUUAUGGACGCAUUGACAGCACCAAAAGAAUUUCAAAAUACAGAGAGCUUGGCACAGACGAGAAUGCGUGGUCUUGGAAUUGAAGAGAGCGAUAGAACAGCCCAAGGAGAUUCUAUGCAAACUCGUCAAAGGGAAGCUGCUAAACCUAGAGAGGAAAUUAAAUUCGAACCUAUCACAAUGGUAGUUCUCAGACAGGAAAAAGGAUUUCAAAAAGUUUUGAGGAAACAACAGAAGGAAAUUGAUUCUCUUAGAAAGCGACAGCAAAAGGAAAAGUUAUCAGUACAAAAACAACAAUGCGCUGCAAUUGAGAAAAUCAUUAAAGGAAAAAAUAAAGCGGAAUUAUCAAGGGAUCCGAUUGUUCGCCAAGCAGUUUCUGACCAAACAACACAAUGGUCUAAAUUGGCAGAAAGACAGAGACGUGAGGAGCGUGAAUUAAUGCAAAAUCAUGUUGAGGAAAGAAGAACGAUGUUACGGAAACUUUGUUCAUCAGCUCAAGUCGUCCAGCAGAAACAACUCGUUGCUCGUCACGAACGUGAGAUAAAAGAAAUGAACGCAAAACAGGCAAGACUCUCUGUUGAAAGCAUGCGAGAGGUUAUGAAUGACAAGACCCUAAAAUCGAGAGGCAUUAAAGAAGGAAGACUCAGGGAAAAGCAACAAAAUAACACCAAAAAAUUUAUGGAAGAGCGAAAAAUUGCGCAAAUGGUCCAAAAUCGAGAGAAAGAGAAACUUCGCGACAUUCAUGAGAAGCAACUCGAUGAAUUACAGAAAGAAAUGAAUGGGAUCCUGGAUAUGUACAAGAAUGAAGAAAUGGAAUAUGAGCUGGGAUCAAAAUCGGAAUUUUGUGCGUAAAUUUUCAGAGUGGUAUAAAUGUCUUGUGGAAAUAUUCUUAAAAUAGUUUAUUAAAGUAAUUAUUGGAAUUGGGAUCAAAUCUCGACCGUUAGCUACAAAAGAAAAAAAAAUUCGACUAAACGUUGAAACUAGUAAUUCAUCUGUUACUUGAUAUUUUUUAUAAGCUUCAUUCUUUCUAUGAUAGUUGUGCCAGUAAUUAAAUUUAAGGAUAACGAUUAAAGUGAUCUAGUCAAGUGUUUUUACUCAUAGCCAAAGAAAAAGAAAAAUUAAACGAACUAAUAUGUAGAUAAAUCAUUUAUUUCUAAAGUAUAUAAAGAUUCUUUGUUGAGAUAUAUAAA